UCUCUUUAAGCAUAAGAGAUUCGCAAAUUUAUUUGUUUCCAAGAGAGAGAGAGAGAGUCUUAAUUAAUCCUGCUAUGAAUUCAGAGAAGCCAGUCAGCCCUGAGAAUUUAAGUGAAGAAAAUGAUCAUCAAGAAGAAGCACAUGAUGACAGUGGUGGAACCAAACGCUCCUAUGAGUGCACAUUCUGCAAAAGAGGCUUCACAAACGCUCAGGCUUUAGGGGGUCAUAUGAAUAUUCAUAGGAAAGACAGGGCCAAGGCCAAACAAUUCACGCCAGAAGCUUCAUCACCAAUAAUUAACAAAUUCAACAACGAUGAAUCCAUGGCCCUUCCUUUUGUCUCAGAAAUUUUAAGCCAGCCCACAAGGCCUAAUUACUCAAUUUUGGAGUCACAGAGGAACUGUGACGUGCACUUUCAUCCACCACCACCUGCACAUGCCUUUUAUUAUGAGUUUUAUAACCCAAGGUCUCGGCCUUCGAGUUUGAACCAAGAGCUUCGGGAUGCCAAUUUGAGUCUCCAAAUUGGUCCAAGUCAUCAUGUUGAUGAUAUUCAUCAAGUCAGGAGAGGAAAUCAGAAAGAUAAAGAAGUGGACUUGGAGCUCAGACUUGGCCAUGAUCCAUACUGAAAUGGAAGUUUCAUAAUUGAAGGUAAUUUUCACAUUUCUUUUCAUGUGGUUGAUUAGAUGGGUCACGGGUCUUCGUAUAAUUGGGAGGAUUACUUGAAGAACAUAUCAAAUUCUUAGAUGAAAACUUAGGGCAAAAGUUUUUUUUCUCCUAAGACAUGUAUAACAAACGGAAGAAUCUGAAAGCUGAUCACAAAUUCUCCACGCACAUAUAUAUACAUAUCAGGUUUUGGUGCCAAGAAGGUGUGUGAAGUAUCAGAACUAACACUGAGGUACAUAAAUCUUAUUGUUGACUAUAUAAGAAGUAGGAGUACUAAAGAUAAAGCCAGCAUAAUGCUUAUAAGUUAUAACCUUCGCGUGUGCACGAGCAUUUGACCGUUGAAUAUGUGGAUAUAAAUAUAUAAUGGAGCAGCAAUAACCUAGGUUUUUCUUCUUUUGCUUGUAUUUCGUUUGUAUGCAUGUUUUCGGGUUCUUAUUUUGAUAUAUAAUUAACAGUGCUAUAUUCAAUUUGUGAUCUUGUACUCGACUUGCACUCCUGUGUUUCUUUUCAUGCUAUCGUAAAUCCAAUUUUUAUAAGGCGAUCAUAUAUAUGAUGUUUUAGUUAUGGGAAU